AUGGAUAUUUGGUUGAAAAAGUAUGAUUUCUCCCAAGGAUCUUCCCAACACGUAAGCAACAUUACGACACAGGUUAGCAUUGAUCGAGAAUAUGAUGCGAACAAGCUAAAGCCUCGCGCUCGCACCCACAUACAUUGCAGGCGACCUACGUCAAACCACCGCACGCCCUUCACGCGUUUUGCUAUUCUUCCCAAGGCCGCGCUGACUGCUCCGCGUCCAUACCUACUCAGUAUGCCUAGUGGUACCGUUCGCACCAAUCCAAGCCCGAAUAUCGAGUUUAUUUUUCAUGGUACUGGAACAUCUUCAAGUGUGCCUAAUAUCGCUUGCAUAACGGCAGAUCCCAUAACCUGUGAAACCUGUGGGUCGACGCUCACACCCGAAGGCCAGAAAAAUAGAAGAAGGAAUACGGGUGGCAUCCUUCGAGUGCUAGACGAGAACCAGGCUACGAGUAAAGUUGUUGUGAUAGAUGUUGGCAAAACGUUUCUUUCCGCCGCGUAUGACCUCUUUCCCCGGUACGGCCUCAGGCGGAUCGACGCAGUUAUACUCACCCAUCCACACGCCGAUGGAUGGACCCUCAAAAAGAGCAUCCAAGCCUAUAUCGAUAUAUACGUUUCUGCCUUUACGUUCAAAGAGGUCCAGAAAUCCUUCCCCUACUUGGUUGCCAAAGAAUUUGCUACUGGAGGUGGAGAUAUACCAGAAUUCAGGUGGCACAUUAUUAAAGAAAAUGAGUCAUUCCGCGUGGACGGCGUGGACUUUGACAUCACACCAAUUGCCGUGCACCAUGGUCGCCUUUUCACAUCAGAGACCGAGGAAAAUGGAAACAUGUCAACGCCAAAUGACACACCCAUUCCCUCAGGUACGACUACACCAGCCAGAGCACCUGAUAAUUCUACAACUCUCAAUUCGAGUAGACCUAGCUCUGAGCGAAGCUCAGCGGAGAUAACAGAACAGCGUGGCCCAGCUGACGCGCUAAAUGGCAACGGACCGAAGUUAUCACCCAAACUGAAGCCCACAACCAUUGCGAGACUCGCUCCAUCCAAUCAUGCAUCGGCGGACAAACCAAAACCAUACUGGUGCUUCGGUUUCAUAUUCGGCGAUUUCAUGGUGUACAUGUCUGACGUUUCUUAUAUACCUGAAGACGCUUGGAAAACAAUUUAUUCAAAGUCUCCGAAAUCUGCUAAUUCGAAUGACUUGAUUCCUGGCUGCGGGCGUACCACCCAAGCUCGUUACAAGGUACUAGUUGUGGACUGCUUAAAGUUGGAACCGCAUACAUCCCACUUUGGGCUCGAGGGCGCUUUGGACGCAGCAAAGCAAGUCAAUGCACAGAGGACAUAUAUGGUUGGAUUCAGCCAUAGAAUUACUCACAACGAUUGGGACACCAUUGGAGAAUACAUAGAGGGUAUAAAACUAGAUGAAUCUCGAUUGAAGCGGCCGAAUGUUGCAGAAGCUCUACGUAUCCUGCCACCACCGGGAGAGGAGGGCGUUUGGAUUAGGCCCGCUUUUGAUGGCUUGCGCCUUUUUGGAAAUAAAGAGGCGGUGUGGGAUGACACUUUGUGA